ACUGGGCUCCAGACGGUAAUUCCAUGCCCCCCUCCUAUCUCUCCAGGUAUAGACUGGGCUCCAGAGAGUAACCGUAUCGUGACCUGUGGGACGGAUCGUAACGCGUAUGUCUGGUCUCUGAAGGGGGAGGUGUGGAAGCCCACCCUGGUCAUCCUCCGUAUCAACCGGGCUGCUCGCUGUGUCAGCUGGUCUCCCAAGGAGAACAAGUUCGCUGUGGGUAGCGGGUCACGCCUCAUAUCCAUCUGCUACUUUGAACAGGAGAAUGACUGGUGGGUCUGUAAGCACAUCAAGAAGCCGAUCCGUUCCACCGUCCUCAGUCUGGACUGGCAUCCUAACAACGUGCUGCUGGCGGCUGGAUCCUGUGACUUCAAAUGCAGGGUUUUCUCGGCCUACAUUAAGGAGGUGGAGGAGAAGCCCGGACCCACAGUGUGGGGGUCCAAGAUGCCGUUUGGAGAGGUGCUGUUUGAGUCUGGGCCCUCAGCAGGGGUGUCAGGGGGGGCUGGAGAUGGGGCAGGAGGGGAU